CGGAUGAUAAGUAUCCGUUCUUGGCACAAAACAAGAACCACACUCUCUCCCCCAUGCUUUUAAUUUGGUGGAGUGUUGACUAAAGAGAGGUUAGAAGAAUGCUUUUUCUUCGGGCAAAAGUCCGAAUUAUCCAAGUCAAUCAAUGCAUUAACGCUUGGACGCAAUUGCAGUAGCGCCAAAUGCUUGUCAAGCAGCAUACACACUUCAAUCGAGUAAUCAACUUUGGUUCAUCACGCGACACAAAAAGCGAUCCUAUCUUUACUCUCUCAACUUCAUCUUCCAAACAGACUGUGGCCCAAUCUGUCUUCAUCACUUUUUGGUCGAUCGUUUUGCAGUCUAGCUGCCCUUCCACUUCGAUUCGCUUCACGUCAAACAUCUCUUACAACUUCUAUUCCCGCCUUCCCGAUCAGAAUCAUGACCGCCAUUCAUCCUGCCACACUUUCCACUUCUGCACCUUCAUUGCAAGGUCAUCAUGUUCAAGAAGGACCAGAUGCAGCUUUACGUUUCUUGCAAUACAGCGACCAAAGUCCAACUCCAUUCCAUGCAGUCGCAACAAGUGUUUCCAUGUUGGAAAAAGCUGGCUUCAAACGAUUAAGUGAAGGGGAUGUAUGGGAAGGUGCGGUUGAAAAAGGAGGAAAGUACUUUUUCACUCGUAAUGAAUCUGCUCUCGUUGCUUUUGCAGUUGGUGGAGAAUUUGUAUCGGGAAAAGGAGGCGUUCAUAUCGUCGGAGGACAUACAGACUCACCAAACUUCCACAUCAAACCCGUCUCUAAACGUGAGAAAGAAGGUUAUUUGCAAGUGCGGGUAGAGACUUACGGAGGCGGUAUCUGGCACACUUGGUUCGAUCGUGAUCUGACUUUGGCAGGAAGAGUGAUCGUAGCUCAAUCUUCUAAUAAAUUCGUCACCAAAUUGGUUCAUAUCAAACGACCACUUUUGAGAAUUCCUACUUUGGCUAUCCAUCUUGAUCGCUCAGUCAAUGAUGCUCUAAAGGUGAACAAGGAAGAAAACACUGUUCCAAUCAUUGGAUUAGCAGAAAAAGCUGAAGAGGCAUUAAAUGCAAAGGCUACCUCUACCGUUUCAGAGAUCACAGGAGCACCUACGAUGACCUCAAAGCAUCACUCUGUCUUGCUUGACGUUCUAGCGAAAGAGUUGGGCUGUGGUGUAGACGCAAUCCAAGACUUCGAAUUAAGCUUGGCCGACACACAACCGGCUUCUUUGGGUGGUAUCAACAACGAGUUCAUCUUUGCUCCUAGACUGGAUAAUCAGAUGACAUGCUUCUGCGCUACUACCGCUAUCAUCAAUGCACAUGGCGCCAAUGUCUCCAGCCUGUCUUCUUCAAAAUCGAUCCGAGCUAUUGCUUUGUUCGAUAAUGAAGAAGUUGGAAGUGUAUCUACGCAUGGAGCAGAAUCAAACAUUUUGGCAUCCUUGAUCAAGCGUUUGGCAAGCAUUCGUGUGAUUGCACCCUCAAGUGCAGAACAAGAGCAUGGAUCCGGAUCGCAUUAUGAACGUGCGAUCGCAAAGUCAUUCUUGAUCUCUUCUGAUAUGUCCCAUGCUUUCCAUCCCAAUUACCCUUCCAGAUAUGAAGAUGAACAUCGUCCACGUAUCAACGGAGGAACGAUCAUCAAGACCAACACGAAUCAACGAUAUGCAUCAACCGGUCCAACGAUCUUCCUGUUGAGAAGGAUUGCAAAACUUGCCAAUUUGCCUUUGCAAGAAUUUUGCGUUCGUAAUGACAUGCCUUGUGGAUCAACGAUUGGUCCUUUGAUGAGCAAGAAUGGUAUCAGAACGGUGGACGUUGGUAACCCACAAUUGAGUAUGCACUCCAUUCGUGAAACUUGUGGAAGUUUCGAUGUGGAGAGAAAGAUUAAACUCUUUGAAACGUUCUUUAAUCACUUUGAACAGAUCGACAGUGAGCUCACCACUGACUUAUCGCACUGAAAGUUUGCUUCGAUUACAUGUAUGAAUUACAAC